AUCAGAAGUAUUAGAUGAUGAGAAGAACACACGCAUUUUCAUCGAUCUCUGCAAAUGGAGACCAUUUUAGCUCCUCAUUCUUUCCCUUCUCUCUUCAAUAUCAAAUCAUCUCUCCAGCAACAGCAAAAUCCCAGAUCAACUCUCGCAAAUGCCAAACCCAUUUGUUGUAAUCUCAAGAAGGAUUCAGGUUUUCAAUCUUUUUCAGCAAUACCCACGAAUCACCCCAAUUGGUUUUCUCAUGUUCAACAUGGAUUUGCUGCUUUAGCUAUCUCAUUAGCACUCAAUUUUACCCCAAUUUUAGCCACUGGGUCUGCAUUUGCAUCUGAAUUUGAUGUGCUCAAUGACGGUCCUCCGAAAGAAACUUAUGUGGUGGAUGAUGCUGGUGUUCUUAGCCGGGUAACAAGAUCCGAUUUGAAGAAAUUGCUGUCGGAUUUGGAGUACCGGAAGAAAAUUAGCAUCAAUUUUGUUACCGUUCGCAAACUCACGAGCAAAGCUGAUGCAUUCGAGUAUGCUGACCAAGUUUUGGAGCGUUGGUACCCAACAGUCGAAGAGGGAAAUAACAAAGGAAUAGUGGUAUUGGUGACGAGUCAAAAGGAAGGGGCGGUGACCGGGGGUCCUGAAUUCAUCAAGGCUGUUGGUGAUACUGUUCUUGAUGCCACCGUUUCCCAAAACCUUCCUGUCUUGGCGACAGACGAGAAAUAUAAUGAAGCAGUUUAUAGCACUGCUAAACGGCUAGUUGCCGCAAUCGACGGUCUACCCGAUCCUGGCGGCCCCGAGGCUAAGGACACCAAAAGAGAAUCCAACUUCAAAACUAAGGAGGAAACAGCCGAGAAACGAGACCAAUUUACGCUUGUCGUCGGAGGUUUGUUAGUUAUCGCUUUCGUUGUUCCCAUGGCACAAUACUUUGCCUAUGUCUCCAGAAAGUAGUUAUCUUAUGUCUAGUUCGUAUAAAACCCGUAUCCAUAGGAUCAUCACGAACAAUGUAAUUAGAAAAACGGAAUUUGAAAUGUGGAUUCGGUUUGUUCUCCCUUGAUGUAAUUAUGGGAGAUCAUUAGUGUGGAUGACGAUUCGGUUUUAUUAGUCUUGUGUUUUCCCAUGAGACUGAUUCGGAAUUCAUUUUCCGGUAUAAUGAGAUCGGGGUUUUCAAUUCGAUAA